AUGGCCGGUUCCAUCUCCCAAGUCUUCUGUUCGUCGAAACUGUAUUUGGGUGGAUUGCGUCUGGAAACAUCGAUGAGUCCCGCGAGCAUUCCCAGCAGCCGACAGCAACUUGUCAUGCGGCGAUUUUGGCAGAUUGAAGAUGUAAGCGGCUCAAACUACUCGGUCGACGAGCAAAAAUGUGAAGAUUUCUACCAGGAGACUGUUUCCCGUGAUCCCUCCGGACGAUAUUGGUUGGACAAUAGACUGGAGAAGGAUGAAGAACUGAAGACUCAGUAUCACGUUUUCAUGGACGAGUACAUCAGUCUCGGCCAUAUGGUUCCCGCUCUUGAUGACGACGAGAAUAGUUCAACCAGUUGCUAUCUUCCGCACCAUUCCGUGGUAAGGCAAUCGAGCACGACGACCAAGGUUCGAGUUGUGUUCGAUGGCUCAGCAAAAACUAGCACCGGGCAUUCUCUCAACGAUGCGCUGCUAGUUGGACCAGUGGUUCAGGACGACAUUCUGGACAUUCAUCUAAGUUUCCGGAUGGUCAUGAUCGCAGUAGUGGCGGAUGCGGAGAAGAUGUACCGGCAGGUACUGGUGCAUCGUGCAGAUCGGUCGUUGCAGAAGAUUCUAUGGCCACCCAGCAGUAGUGGAUCCGUUAAAGCUUAUGAGCUCUGUACCGUUACUUAUGGACUCGCACCAUCUUCGUAUCUGGCCACGAGGACCCUGUUGCAGUUGGUGGAAGAUCAUGGCAGUGAAUUCCCGAAAGCAAGCAAGGCUCUUCGAAAGAAUGUGUACGUGGACGACUUUAUUUGUGGCGAGAACACAAUCAAGGAUGCAAUCCAACUACGCACAGAAUUGACGGAGAUGUUGCAAAAGAGCGGUUUUCGUUUGCGAAAGUGGUGUUCGAACUCCCUACCGGUCUUGGCUGGUCUUCCUCCAGAGUUUCUGGGCACUCAAUCUUCUGUAAAAUUCGGCCCCGAUGAAUCCAUCAAAACCUUUGGCAUCAGUUGGGAACCUGAGGCGGACGUUUUCAAGUUUGAUACGUCAAUCGUAAUCGAUAAUCAAACACCUACGAAGCGCAGCAUUCUUUCAGCUAUCGCUCGACUGUACGACCCUCUCGGAAUCAUAGCUCCCGUCGUAGUACAACCAAAAAUCCUCAUGCAGCAUCUCUGGCUGCUGGCUCUAGAAUCGCAACCGAAUUCAUUCAAAUGUGGCACAGUUGAUACGAAUGGAAAGAGCUGUGAGGAGCAGACGGUUGUGAUCCACCAAAUAAAAUUGACCCUCCCUAGUGUACAAACUAGGGAAGAGCAGAUAUCGGUAUUUGAGGAAAUUUAG